AAUGAAACAGUUGAUGUGAACGUUAAAUGGUACAAUCCGUAUCGAGGGAUGACAAUGCUCCAUUAUAAUCCAAUUGAUGGCCGAUUGUAUUUUUUCGAUUCAAAACGUCUACUGAGUGUUAAUGUGCGCAUGGAAGGACAAAGUGAUCAAUCGCUCUUUGAAUUUUCGGAUAUCGACUGA